AUGGAAAACGAAAUUACUGCUUCAAAGGAUGAUAUCGAUAUAAAAGCAAAAGGUAGAAGGCCCACAAAAUCAAGAAGAACCGAUAAUGAACUUCAGCAUGACAUACUCAAAUAUAAAGAGCUCUUAGUGAGAGAUCAAGGUUUGGAAUUGGAUAUUCCACCUAAACGAACCAAAAUGAACGAGAAAGAACAUGAGGUAAAGACACAUAAUAAUAAGCAAAGUUCAAGAUCUUCUAGAUACAGAAAUAGAAGGGUUGCACUUGAAGAUAAUACUUUGAGAGAAUCUUCAGCGUGUAGUUCUCAACCACCUCAAAAUAAAACUAAUGAUGUUGUUAAAGGUUAUCAAAAGUUGAAGCCAAAGUAUUUCAACCAGCGGAGGAGAAGCCUUCCAAAAUGCCAAUCAACUUACAACCCGGAUAAAAUAUCUCCACCUUCAUUGACGGAUAUCAAAAGAUUUACAAGUUUUGAGGACAAGAUUCUUUUAAGUCAUUCAUAUCAAGAGUUAAUAAAGCUUCUUAAAUCCGAAAUAAAUAGUAGCAACCCCAAUCACAAUGAAAAUGAAGGCAUCGAUAUACCAUUGCUGUGGAACUUUUUACCCAAAAAUAUUGAUAUUGAGAAGAAGCGCUUCGAUAUAACAGAUCAGUAUUCCUUUGAUUUUCAGCCUUUACACAUAUCAUCUACUAAUUUGUUUUGCAGCGAGGAUAUCGAUGUGUUUUUCCAAAAACUUAAUGAUAAUUCAAAUUUCGACCAAUUUAGUGAAGUUGAUUUAGAUUUUGAUACCGAAUCUUCAGUAAGGAAAGACUUGAAGAAAACUAUCCCAUUAGCAUAA